UAAGAGAUUUCAGAGAGAAUCGCUUUUUCACUUUCUUUUAUUCUUUCUUUCUCUCAAAUUUUCUUCAACUUUUCUUCAAGUGAUGUUUUACUCACACCAGCUUCACGGUCCAAAAGCUCCACUUCAGCAAAUAUGGAGGGCUGGGAGUAUGAAUCAUGAGAAGAUUAACAGAAAGAAACUUAAUAAGCUCGACAUCAUCGAUAUCUGUGAACAGAUUCAGAAUCCAGCGAUUCCAAUGGCUCCGAGAAUUUCUGGAAUUCUCAUGGGUGGAGUAUUGAAUGUCUUCCAAAGUAAAGUGGAUAUGCUUUAUGAUGAUAUUUCAUGUCUUCUGGUUGAGGUUGAUGAAGCUUUGGAAGAAGUAAAGAGUGCUCCAAUUCCUACAAUGCUUCCUAAAGGAAAAUCUCGAGCCAAGAGAGUGGCAAUUACUUUGCGAGAUAAAGAGCAUAUGCCUUUUAAAAUGGAACAGUGCCAUCAGUCCAAUGCAACCACUACAAUGAGACUUGAUGAUGUGGAGGAACCCAACUUUGGCAAUGGAGGAAGUGAUGAGGAAGAUCUAGGAAAUGAUCACCAUCAAGAGCCUCUUGAUCAAGAGCGCUUCGUUUCCGCAACCAUGGAUCAAACAAGUCCUUUCUAUGUUCAUCCGAGUGAUGGACCUUCAUCCGUUUGUGUUCUUCCCAAACUCACCAGCUCGAACUAUCACUCGUGGGCGCAAUCCAUGACUCGUGCACUUGGAGGCAAAAUGAAGCUCGAAUUCGUUGAUGGAACGAUUGAUCCAGUCACCGAUAGCUUUGAUCCUUCGUAUCGCGCAUGGAAUCGCUGCAAUAUGCUCGUUCUUUCUUGGAUCCUCAAUUCUGUUUCGGAUUCAAUUGCUCAAUCCAUUGUGUUUAUGGACAACGCCGUUGACGUUUGGAUCGAUCUCAAGGAACGGUUUUCGCAAGGUGAUUUGGUACGCAUCUCUGAAUUAAUGCAAGAAAUUUAUGCUAUGCAACAAGAGACGAAAUCUGUAACUGAAUUUUAUUCCGAUUUGAAGAUUCUUUGGGAGGAACUUGAGAUUUAUAUUCCAAUCCCUAAUUGUAGCUGUAGAACUCGAUGUUCUUGUGAAUCCAUGCGUAGUGCUCAACGCAAUCACACUUUGCUUUAUGCAAUUCGUUUCUUAACCGGUUUAAAUGAGAAUUUUAACAUGGUGAAGUCGCAAAUUCUGCUUAUGGAUCCCCUUCCACCUAUGAACAAGAUCUUUUCAAUGGUUUUGCAACACGAGCGCCAAGGGAAUUUUGCUCCUUCUGAAGAAUCCAAAGUGUUAAUCAAUGCUGCAGAUUCUUCUAAAUCCAAAGGUUUUCAUUCUGGCAAGAGCAAUUUUCAUAAUGGAAAUGGUUUUCCUAAGGGUACCAAUCGUGUUUGCACUUUCUGUGGUAAAUCCAAACAUGGCUUUCCUCCUCAUACGCAGAAACGUUUUGCCAACAAUGCUUCUUCUAGCUCUCAAGAAGCAAUUGAUGAUGAUUCUUCAGCUACUGUUGAUGCCAAGGCAAAUGUAUCACAUGCUCUUACUUCUGCUCAGUAUGAUCAGCUUAUGCAACUACUCCAACAUUCAUCUCUUAAUCACUCAUCAUCUGCAUCUUCAAAUCAGGUUCAUUCUACUUCAUCAAUUGGUCAUCCACAACUUGGAAAAGAACACCAAGAGGACGAUUGGUUCUGGACCUGGUGAUAAAGUUGAAGACUUGUAUUACUUAGUCAUUUCAAAUAAACUAGUUUGUGAUUCUAGCACUUCAUCAUUUGUAACAAUACCUGAUAGUGCAUUGUGGCACUUCAGAUUAGGGCACCCUUCUGUAUCCAGGAUGACAAGUUUACAUUCCCAAUUUCCUUUUGUUAAUGUCGAUAUCAAGGAUGUAUGCCAUUUUGCAAAACAUAAGAAAUAACCUUUUUCUCUUAGUUCAAGUAAAGCUAAAAAUCCUUUUGAUCUAUUCAUUUUGACAUUUGGGGCCCUAUUGCUAUUAAAUCUGUUCAUCAUCAUGAAUAUUUCUUAACUGCAGUAGAUGAUCAUAGCAGAUACACUUGGUUAACCCUUAUGAAGCAUAAGAGUGAAGCUAGACAACGUGUCAUUGAUUUUAUAAAACUUAUUUUUAAUCAGCAUAAUUGUAAGGUUAAAAUUGUCAGAACUGACAAUGGACCUGUCUUUGCUAUUCCUUCUUUUUAUGCUUCACAAGGUAUUAUCCAUCAAACCAGUUGUGUUGAGACACCUGAGCAAAAUGGUCAUGUUGAAAGAAAGCAUCAACACAUUUUGAACAUUGGCAGAUCAUUAUUUUUUCACACAAAUUUACCAAAACCUUUUUGGUCCUAUGCUAUUCAUGCAACUUUUAUUAUGAAUAGAUUACCUAGUCCUGUUCUCAACAAUAAAUCCCCAUAUUUUCUU